CGAGCGUGCGCGCGUGCGUGUGCGGCCGCGCGCCCUCGGCCGCUGUUGGGGCCGUUGGGGCCGUUGGGGCCGUGCGCGUCCCCGCGGCGGGCGGGGGGGACGCGGGCUGCCCGGCCCCGCUGCCUUCAUCCUCCUCCUGCUCCUCUUCCUCCUCCUCCUCCUCCUCCCUCUGCCCGGCCCGGCCCGGCCCGGCUCGGCUCGGAGCUGUGAUUGGGCAGAAGAUGGCGCUGGGCGGAUGGAAAUCCUAAUGACAGUCUCCAAAAUCGCCUCCAUCUGUACCAUGGGCGCCAAUGCCUCAGCUUUGGAGAAAGAGAUUGGUCCGGAACAAUUUCCAGUUAAUGAACACUAUUUUGGUUUGGUUAAUUUUGGAAAUACAUGCUACUGCAACUCAGUUCUUCAGGCACUUUAUUUCUGUCGCCCAUUUCGAGACAAAGUCUUAGCGUACAAGAGUCAACCAAGAAAAAAAGAGAACCUCCUUACAUGCUUAGCUGAUCUUUUCCACAGUAUAGCCACCCAGAAGAAAAAAGUUGGAGUUAUACCUCCCAAGAAAUUUAUAACAAGAUUACGAAAAGAAAAUGAGCUUUUUGAUAACUACAUGCAGCAGGAUGCACAUGAGUUCUUGAACUAUCUAUUAAAUACAAUUGCGGAUAUCUUGCAAGAGGAAAGAAAACAAGAGAAGCAAAAUGGUCGCCUACCCAAUGGCAACAUUGAUAAUGAAAAUAACAGCCCACCAGACCCAACCUGGGUUCAUGAAAUCUUUCAGGGAACAUUAACAAAUGAAACCAGAUGUCUUACAUGUGAAACUAUAAGCAGCAAAGAUGAAGACUUCUUAGACCUUUCAGUUGAUGUGGAGCAGAAUACUUCAAUCACUCACUGUUUAAGGGGUUUCAGCAAUACAGAAACUCUGUGCAGUGAAUACAAAUAUUAUUGUGAAGAAUGUCGCAGUAAGCAAGAAGCACAUAAAAGGAUGAAAGUAAAAAAGCUUCCUAUGAUUCUAGCUCUCCAUUUGAAGAGAUUUAAAUACAUGGAUCAGCUGCAUCGAUACACAAAACUCUCUUAUAGAGUAGUUUUUCCUUUAGAGCUUCGUUUAUUUAACACCUCAGGAGAUGCCACCAAUCCUGACAGAAUGUAUGACCUUGUUGCUGUGGUAGUUCAUUGUGGAAGUGGCCCUAACAGAGGACAUUAUAUUGCAAUAGUGAAAAGUCAUGAUUUUUGGUUGCUUUUUGAUGAUGAUAUUGUUGAGAAAAUUGAUGCACAAGCUAUUGAAGAAUUCUACGGGUUGACAUCAGACAUCUCAAAGAACUCUGAGUCUGGUUACAUCCUCUUCUAUCAGUCUCGGGAUUGAGGGGGAACUGUAGCGAAGAGAGAUUGUUAUGCCUCGCAUCUCUAUCUUGGAAUGGAGCAAGCACUGAAGAAAAGCAGGAAGCUCCAGGGGUGGUAGCACAGUUUGCACACAACUAAGCAAAGAGUUUGGGAUUUUUAAAACCUUCAUAUCAUUACCAUUUUAUUUGCUCAGGUAUCACGCUGACUACACGUCUUCACUGCAUCCCGUAAGCAAAAAAGAGAUACCAACCGCUCUUGCAGGAGCUUUCCAUUAGGUAAUGCUGUUUCUGUGGUCCUAAUUCAAAGCCCGUUAAGCUCACUGGAGAACCUUACUUGGACUUCAGUGGAAUUUGAGUCAGGUUCUAACUGCACUGCCAGGUUGGUGCAAUAGGAGCAUUAGAAAUCUGUAUUUUAUACAGACUUCGCAUAUAAAAAGUAAAGGACUCUUUGUGAACUUAGUUUCCUGUGCUUAAGUUUGAAAGAAUGAGGCUGGGAGGGUUAACAUGUAAGCAAGAAGAUAUAUCUGGGCCCAAUUGCCUUCUUGAUGGUAGUAGUUUAACUGAAGAUAUAAACUGGUGUCAGGGAGGCAAGUAUGUUUUGCUUCUCUGAAGAAGCUUACGUUAUUUAUAAUGUAUGAUCGGGAACAAUCAGUCAAGAUUAUGGCUUUUAAUCUCCGUAUGGGGAAAGGUUUGGUUUGUAAUAGUUUAUUUUUAUUUAUAAAUUAUUGUAACUUAGGAUCUUGUGUACUGACUGUCCUUUAUUCUAACAAGUAUUGAGAAUUUUAUAUAUUAAUUUGAAUUAAAACUAUGUUAAAAUGUUAAAGAAGAGCCAAUAUAAAUUCUAAAAACAGUGUCUACAAUGUCUUAAAAAGAUUAGUAACAUAGGAGAGAGAUUUCCUUCUGGAAGAACUGGUAUCUAAGUGAGGUACUUGAUUUAAUUAAACUAGAAUAUCAUCUUUCCAUUAAUGGAUGAAAAAAGUGAACAAAUACUACACAGAAGACUUUUAAGAAUGCAUAUCAAAAGAAAAUGAUGGUGCAGCGGUGGUAUACCAGUCUUUAUAGUUCUUUAAUAAUUUAUUAAUAUCUUGUACUCUAAGCAAAUUAGAAUGAUUUGGAUCAAAGUAAGCUGUUUUCAGAAUAUCAUUCCCUUUCUUAAAAACAGAUCCACUUAUGUUACCAAUAACAUGGGUGACUGUCUCAAAAACCACUCAAGGUCUCAAGUAUAUUUUUUCUAAGUAAUAAAAGAAAUAAGCUUAAAAUUUAGUGAGACUGAAGAUACUGCAUUCCUUUAAAAGUAGAAUGAAGAGUAGGGUUUUUCACUGAAACCAGCUGUUUUACCCUGCUUUAGGUUUACGAAACAGCAUUAAGAACUAACUCUUGACAAAACACCUGAUCUGUAAUAAAUGUGAACUACUGUGAUCUGACUGACAUUCUUCCAUUUAACAGUACUUUGUCUGACAGUAGCUGAAUGUAAUUUCUGGAAAGUCAGGGGAUAUAUGUUCCAGAUGAUGGCAAUCAGGUCUUGGAUGUCCUUGUCACCCCUCUUCAGCUAGUGAUUUUUACAUUAUUGUAGUUUUCUAAGGUUAUUUUAUUGAUACUGUUACAACUUUUGACAAGAAUGUCUCCUGUCUGCUGCUAUAACUGACUAUUUACUUACCUGUAUCUUUUAGCUCAGGAAAUGACUUCACCUAUCCGCUCAGUUGAACAAAUCUUUAACAGGGUCACUAAAUAAAUUGGGCUAUUUAGUAACUGUCAUGCUGUAACAAAUUGCUUUUGUAAAAUGCAAAGUUUCUAAAGCCCUGGUUUGGCUAGAAUUCUUUUGUAUAAAAUUAUGUAUCAUGAUUAAACUACCAGCACUGUAAAGUAAAGCUCAAAUAUUGUGGGAGAUGCAGAAAUAGGAUUGGAUUUUUCUUAAGGGAUUCAAGUAAUUUUAACACCUUUUUUCAGCCCUCAGUGGGAAAAGGGUUGAGGAGUGAGCCGGUUGGUUAAUGGUGCAUGUUAGAAGGAUGAAGUCCUUUGCAUACUAAAGGUACAGCAUUGUAAAAGAACUGUCAUGUUACUUUUUGCUAAUGGACAAUUUUUUGUUAUUUUUCUUUCUUUUUUCUUUUCCUAGUGUAGUCAAAAUCUGAGACUAGCUGCUAAAUACUUUAUACCCUAACAAAAUUCAAAACAUUUUCAUUUUAUUCACUGGUUUUACUCCUGCCACAUAUUUUUAUAAGGCGCUGACUUUCGUUUUGUAUAGGGUUUUUGAGAUAGUAUUCCAAAUUAUAUAUUUCAUUUUACUUUUAGUGCAGCUGAAAUAAUUGAAAGUUCUCAAUUAAACUAUUAUCAGAAACUGCAACUUCAUAAAAAAAAAAAGAAAAGAAAAGAGGCAGGGAAGUGCAAAAUAUGACUGAUUGGUAUGUAAAGCAUUAUAGGAUUAUUUCUUGGCUGUAGUACAGAGGGGAGUAUGGGAAAGUCGUCAGUUGUUGUAAAUGGUGGAAAUGAUUUGCGGUGUACCUAUGUAAAUGUUAAUUGGGACUGCAGUCCCCUAUUUUGUAUAUUGGAGCAAAAAACUUCUAUUAAAUAAAGUAUGUUCUCUAAAGGUAAGUACUGCAUCCUUUGCAGAGCCCCGAUGGUCAGUCUGCUGUCUUUUGUGCUUUUCAGUGUUUUCAAACCUAAAAAGUAUCUGGAGCUUCCUGUAUUAAGUUAACUGCCCUUAGCCAUGGAGGGAGAAGCGUGUUUAAAUAUGGUGCAUUUUAUAUCUCUGUCUGUUGUUACAAAUAAUGGUUUGGUGGCAGUAAUGUUUUUGGUGGUGCACUUACUUCUCUAAAACUAGUUUUUAAGUCAGUUGUUGAUCUCUGAGGCAGAGAAGAGGGAGUGUUUUGAAAUACCAUUUUUUCUUGACUUCCAUUUCCUCUAAAAAUCUUUAUGUUGCUACAAAAUGUGCAUUCAAGUUACCUAAUUGAUUUCUUCGGUUGCCACUUUGUGGGAGGGGAAACAGAAAGAAAAAUAGGAGUGCUUACAGUAUUAGCAUAAGAGAGAGACUGACGAAAGAACUGGAGUCCACCAUCAGCAGAAAAAGGUGCAUUACUUUAGUAAAAAUCUCUUUUUGUUAUCUAUGUGUGAUUUGGUAUCAGGUUAAUUUUCACUUGGAGUAUACGCCGCUGUUUGCAAUGAAUGUAUGUACUUUUUACAAACAGAUCAUAAAGAUCAUACCCUGCCGUAUUUGUAGUUGUGACAACCAUACCACAUCCAUGGUCUUUCAGUGUACAGAAAUUGUGACUUUAAGGUGUUCAGGUUCAUGUAUGGAUGACUAAAAUGAACUCUGUUGUGAGAAGUUACUCAUAAGUCAGGUUUAGGUGACAUUCAGAUGCUAGCACGUAGAGACGUGAUGCCGUUUCAGAUCUACUGCCAUACCCUGAGACAUCUGCGUAGGACUGGCAGAUCUAACACAAGACCUACAAAAGAUCUGCAUCCUUCUGGAGCAGCAGCUUAAGGCUGGACAGGACAUCCUGGCUUGUUUCCCAUGUCUUUGUCUCAGCAUUUUCACAAGCACUGUUGCAUAUGCCCUCCUUGGUGCAUAUAAAGAUGAAAGUUUCUAUCACUUCGUUACUUUUCUGAGGCCUCUGGUUACUUUUUUAAUUCCCUUAUUAAAAUUAAAAGAAUUUUAUGUUCUAUUUGGUCCAGUCUUUCAGCUGUGGGUUUAAGAUGAUCAGUUAUUAUUACGAUUACCCUUUAAAUAGAAAUUUUGUUAUGUGAAAUGUUCAAUCUUCAUUUAACAGAACUUCCUUAGCUUUAUUUCUUAUUUUUUUGCACAGAAAUUUCCAAUUGCCUGUACAAGAGAAAUCUUACUAUGGGUUAAAUCUGUGGGUUGCAGCGUUACAUUGCAAAUGUUUAUGUGACUUUUUUUCCAGAAGUUUAAAUAAUCCAGAUGUGGUUUGUUUGCUUUCAUAGAGGGGCUUUAUAGUCUGAGUUGUUCACUCCCUCCCCCCAUGUUUGUCUGGGUUGAUCUCAAGAUUGUAUGUCUUUGAAAUUCAGUCUUUGUUUUCCCUCUUGAUAAUACAAUGUGCACAUUUUAUGGUUUCUGUCCUGUAAGGCUUCAAAAAUCCUCUAACCUCUCACAGUGUAAUGUGAGAUGUAUAAUACAUUUGUCUCUUUACAUGCAAGCCUCCAAGUACUCAAUUAUUGCCAAAAUUAAUAUUCUACAUCAUCUGUAUUCAAGGGCUGUUCAUUUUGCAGCAGCAUUGCUGAUCAGUUGUUACAACUGAACUAUGCAGGUCAACUACCAUGCAAACAAACACUGGCUUCAUCUUUUUACUAUGGAGAUCUCUGAAAUCUGUUGUUUCCAGUUUUAAUGAUGGAGUCUGGUGAGGCAGAAAUAAACUUUGUUUGGCUUAUGUUCAAAAACA